AUGUACUUCACAGCCGCAGCGGCAGCUACCCUCUUCACCCUCAUCCCUACAGUUCUCUCCCACGGCCUCAUCACCUCGCCCCCCUCCCGUCCCACCGGCCCUUCCGUAACCUCUCUCUGCGGCCCUGCCAUCACUCGCACCAUCAACAAUGACAACACCUCGCACGUCGAAGGCCUCCCAGAACUCCUAGCCUCCCCCUACAGCGCCUCCACCUGCAACCUAUGGCUUUGCAAAGGCCUGCAAUUUUCUGAUAAUCCUGCCAACAACACACAGGUAUGGUCGGCUGGCCAGGUCGUACCGCUCAAAGUGUGGAUACGAAUCCCGCACGAAGGGUCGGCGAACGUGAGUAUCGUGGAUACGAAACGGAAUGAGAUUGUGGGAGAUAUGUUGAAGGUGUGGGAGAAAGGGUAUGCGCCGGGGAAAAGCGAGAGCGAUGUUCCAGCUGGACAGAAGGAGUUUAGUGUGAAGGUACCUGAGGGAUUAGAGGAGAAGUGUGCGGUGGCUGGGGACUGUGUAUUGCAGUGGUGGUGGUAUGGCACGGCUGCGAAACAGACUUAUGAAUCCUGCGUGGAUUUUAGGAUCGCGAAGACGGGUGUGAAGAGAGAUUCUUUCGGUCGAGCGUUCAAGGGAUAG